AUGUCAAAACCGACACUGUGUCCCAACAACUCACAGAUGUGCCCACCCCGUCCCCGCAGAGAUUGUGCAGAGCCCUCAGGGUGUCUGGAAGCCCAAGAAGGCGGGGAACGCCGCACACUAGAGCCGCUUUUUUCUCCAUGGAGACGGCAUCGACGCAGCAAGAAAUGGCCGCAACGGUGGGGCUUAGCAGGGAACAGGACCGGCCCGGGAGGACGCGAGGAAGGGUGGCUGCGGAGCCCCGAGGCAGCGGGCUCCCGUUUGCGGUCUUGGGCCCGCCAGGUGCGCAGCGGCGCGCGGUGCCCACCCAGCCCUCCCGCCAGCCCCACCUUACAUCUUUAUGGUCCCUUUGGGCCCCAGGUUGGUCCUCAGCACGUCCUGCAGACCCCGCGCACCGCUAAUGUUGAACGCCAGCGCCGCCUGCGCUCCGGCCACCUUGGCCUUGGGGUUCAGGGUCUUCGCCGCCGCCAUAGCUGCUCCAGAGGAAGAAAAGAAAGCGAUGCGGCACGCGGAGAGCCCAGAGCCGGCGCGCCGUGGCCGGGAUGCGCUAUCCGGAUCUUCCGGAAAAGUCGGCGCGCCCGGCCCGCCCCUAGCGUGCCCGCGCCGCCGCUAUUGGGCCACGGGCUGUCCAGCGCCCGCUCAUUGGUCCGCGGCUGCACGGUGCCGGCGGUCCCACCCCUCGCCCCGCGGCCGCGACGCUAUAGCGCACUGGAGUAACCUGUUCCUGGCAGUAAGUGCUUCUGGGUUCUGGCGUUGCUGCUCAGUGGGGCCCAAGUUUGCGGACCCGGGAUCUCAGGAUGCAGGCAGGGCUUGUGCCCCGCGUCGGACAGGGCGUAGGGGUCCCAGUCCAUUGCCCAAGCUGAAGUUCAGUGGCACGAACAUGUUUCACUGCAGCAUCAACCUCCUGGGCUCAAGCUGUCCUGCCUCAGCCUCCCGUGUAGCUGGGACCACAAGCACUCGCCAUCACACCUGGAUAAUUUUUUGAUGUUUCAUGGAGACAGUGCUUCACUUUGUUGCCUAUGCUGGUCUUGAACUCCUGGCCUCAAGCAAUCCUUCUGCUUUGGCCUUCCAGAGUGCUGAAAUUACAGGGAAGGAACAGGAAGAGAAGAGUGUGGCCUCCUAGAAAUCUAGCACGGAGAAAGACUGGUCUUGAACUCCUGACCUCGUGAUCCUCAGCCUCCCAAAGUGCUGGGAUUACAGGAGUGAACCACCAAGCCCGGCCUGACCUCUUGGCUUUUACCAAAGGAUGUUUGCUUCUGAGGAAGUUGGAAGCUGCAGCCACAAUGUGCCUUUGCAGGGGAGCCUGAGAGCCACAGGGGUUAAAAAAAAAUCUCCCACAGUGUCACUUCUCCCAGGAACGUGUGUAUGUGAAUGGCUUAAAAACUGUUGCCCUUGACAAAGAAAUGUACCAAUAUCCAAUGACAGAAUAUUUAAUCGAGGAAAGGUCUCAUUAACAGAUGUUAAUUAAUCUCCUUAACAGAUGUUAAGGAGAACUACAAACCACUGUUCAAUGAAAUAAAAGAGAAUACAAACAAAUGGAACAACAUUCCAUGCUCAUGGGUUGGAAGAAUCAAUAUCGUGAAAAUGGCCAUACUGCCCAAGGUAAUUUAUAGAUUCAAUGCCAUCCCCAUCAAGCUACCAAUGACUUUCUUCACAGAAUUGGAAAAAACUACUUUAAAGUUCAUAUGGAACAAAAAAGAGCCCGCAUCGCCAAGUCAAUCCUAAGCCAAAAGAACAAAGCCAGAGGCAUCAUGCUACCUGACUUCAAACUAUACUACAAGGCUACAAUAACCAAAACAGCAUGGUACUGGUACCAAAACAGAGAUAUAGAUCAAUGGAACAGAACAGAGUCCUCAGAAAUAACGCCACAUAUCUACAACCAUCUGAUCUUUGACAAACCUGACAAAAACAAGCAGUAGGGAAAGGAUUCCCUAUUUAAUAAAUGGUGCUGGGAAAACUGGCUAGUCAUAUGUAGAAAGCUGAAACUGGAUCCCUUCCUUACACCUUAGAAAAAAAUUAAUUCAAGAUGGAUUAAAGACUUACAUGUUAGAACUAAAACCAUAAAAACCCUAGAAGAAAACCUAGGCAAUACCAUUCAGGACAUAGGCAUGGGCAAGGACUUCAUGUCUAAAACACCAAAAGCAAUGGCAACAAAAGCCAAAAUUGACAAACGGGAUCUAAUUAAACUAAAGAGCUUCUGCACAGCAAAAGAAACUACCAUCAGACUGAACAGGCAACCUACAAAAUGGGAGAAAAUUUUCGCAACCUACUCAUCCGACACAGGGCAAAUAUCCAGAAUCUACAAUGAACUCAAAUAAAUUUACAAGAAAAAAACAAA